CCUUACACGUUCUCUACUUACAAACCACAUUGCCCGUCGGUAUCUUCUAUCAUCCGACGGGACAAUAUCACCCCAAACCUUGUUGGUUUUUUUGUCCUGCCAGCUGAGCGACGAAGCCAAAUCAUAUAGCGAAUUGCGAAUUGCGAAACUCAAUUCGAACCGGCCGUUGGUCGAACGGCGCAAGCUUCUACCCCCAAAACGAAGAGAAAGCGACUUAUUGAUAUUUGUCUAUCAUAUACCUUUGUGAUCGACCCUCCGCGGCGAACGUCAUGAACGCCAUGAAGGCUGGUGGUAUGUCUAAGAGAUUACUCAGUCGGCGGGAAAAGAAUGGCCAUCGUCGUGGUAAAUCAUCCGAUACCAGUCACAAGCAUCGCCCACUAUCCUCCGACAUAUUCUCCAUCUUCAGAUUCGAUGGCGCGAAGCGUCAAGCUAAAGAGGAAGAUGAAGCCACGCGGCGAGAGAAAGAAAACGCCAAGAUACAAGAAAUCCAUCAGAGAGCUGCCGACCUUGGUCUCGACUUCCACGGCCUCGACGACGAUCAUAUUGCCUACGUCCUCAAUUCAGAAUAUGCAUCAAUGGAUGUUGCUCGGACAAUCGAGAUUUUAGUGAUUCUCCAAGCAUCGAUCUCGGGAGAAAUCCUCCACUACGACCCAGACGUGCGCAUGGUAGGAGCCGUGAAUAGGGGAAAUGUCACCUGCUAUCUUGAUUCCCUGCUUUUCGCCAUGUUUGCAAAGCUUGAGCCAUUCGAAUGUAUGCUGAAGGCUGAGAUACCCGACGAUGAGCCCCGGAAAAAGCUUGCUGUGUUAUUACGGGUGUGGGUAAACUUGUUAAGAAGUGGGAAGCUGAUCGAAACAAGUCUGACGGAGCAAAUUCAAGAUACAUUGGCAGAGUGUGGCUGGAAAGAGGCACAACUGCUAGAGCAGCAGGACACUUCAGAAGCAUUUGCCUUCAUUACCGAAACGCUUCAAUUACCCCUCCUCCCGUUACGGGUUGAUCUAUUUCAUCAUGGGAAGAACGAUGACGCCGACCACAAAGUCGUAUAUGAACGAUUAUUGAAUCUUGCUGUUCCAACUGACACCGAAGGGAAAGGUGUUAAAUUGGAAGAUUGUUUAGAGGAGUACUUCAAUUCCAAGGUUGAUGUACUCCGGGAAGGCCUAGACGAGAAGAAAGCCAAUGAUGCAUCUGAUCAAACCCCUACUCUAGAACAAAUUGAUGGUCUAAGCACGCCGAGAAGCACCAUUCGUAUUAUCGAAUCAGAACUCUCCCCAGACGCUUCUGCUGAUCCGCAAUCUCCCACCACAACGCCCGUAGCAUCAGAUUUGCAGGAUUCCUUUUCAACACCUCAUUCACUUUCCAGGCCACAUCGCAGCCGCGCCGAAAGCCUCAUACAAAGAGUCGUCAUCGAUAAGCAAGAGAAACCUUCAGAUGCCGAUACAGCGGACCUAUUUCAGAGAGCUAAGAGGAAAGCAUCAGUUGUCAAAGCUGUUACAAUACCCGCCUGGCAAUUUUUCAAGCUGAUACCUUGGCACUCAUCAGCGAAUUCAGACCCAAAGAGCGACUUUGAAGUCGCUCGGCACUUUAGUCAACGUCCUGUUGUCGGGAUCUGUUUGAAACGCUAUAUUUCGGACAAUAACGGGAACACGAAGCGUCAAAAUACGUACAUUGACAUACCCGAUAGCCUUAGGCUCCCUCACUUCAUUGUUGACGAUAGACAUCUAGAGGAAGGUGGUCUUACGGCAGUUUAUAAGCUAGUCCUCCAGUCGGUGGUUUGUCAUCGUGGCGAUUCAUUGCACUCUGGGCACUACAUUUCCUUUUGCCGGAUAGCGCCUAAGGUAUUGACUGACAACCGGCGACACGAGGCAGAUCCUCCUCCUGACUACGAGGAGGCGCAAUGGGUUAAAUUUGACGACCUUGCCGAUGAGCGGGUUACUACAGUUACCGACAUCAAGGAGUCGCUCAAGCAAGAGAUGCCAUACCUCCUCUUUUACCAAAUUAUUCCCAUUGUUGACGUGGCGCCUAGUUCAGUGGGGAGCAUUGAGGCUGACCCGCCAGCAUAUGACGAUGGUGCUCCUGCCGUCAUCGCCAUAGAUGCCCCAGAAUACCAGCAGUAUCAAUCUCUUUCUCAGAAGACUAGCGGAUACUUCGAUAAUUCGAGCAGUAUUCCCUCAGCUCCGCCUAGCGUGCGAUUUUCAGCCGAGCUAGAGAGACCAUUGCGUCGUAGCUUCGCCGAUGAAGACGGGUUUCUGAACGUCUCUAGACGUGAUAGUAUUGCUUACGGCGAGUUGACUGGUUCCAGUUCGGGCAUGGUAUCCAGUAAUCACUCACCCGCUAUUAGUCCUGGCGAAGAGACCACUGCACAGAGAAUUAGCCGUGCGGCUGCGAAGUUCAGGGCGUCGAACAGAAGUCGGCCACAAAGUCAAGCUGGGGAGAACCGGAUCAGCCAGACAAUGUCGAAGUUUGGCGGAUUCAUGAGAGCUAGUAAAGAGCCGCUGCGAGACUCGACACAUGAGAGUACUGACGAUGAUGCUGACAUCGUGAUUGUCAACAGAGUGGUAGGUGAGCAGGAUGAGAACGAUGCGUCUCUGCGGCCCCAAUCCAAAGGGAAAGGGAAAGACAAGGAGUCGACCCAGAAGAGAGGUAAAUCCAAAACACGCUUCGACAAGGCAAAGCCAAAAGAUAAAGACAAGGACAAGGAUUCUCAAGAAAGGGAAUGUAUUGUCCAAUAAAUAGGAGGGCAACUUUCCGCCCAGUAUCCUACUUAUAUGAAGCCUGCAUCAAGCACAGCGAUGAUAGCUAACUGAGGAAUAGCUGGUGAUGACCAUAUUAGGCAUCACUGGUUUGGCUCACUAUUAGGUGAGGAUUAAAGGGCACCUCCUGGCGACUUGCAACUGCAUGUUACAUUCAAUUCAAAAACAAUAGAGAGGGGUUUGAAGCCAGGGAAGCCGGAGUUGAGAUUCAAAAAUAGAGCCAGCACAAAAAAAUAUCUGCUGGACCAUCACUCUAUUUCAAGCAAUCAGUGGGCUUUGGUGUAUUUAUCUUGCAUU